CCGGCCGCCUUCCCGCCCGGCGGCUCCGCCUUCUCCUCUUCCUCCUCCUCCAACGGCCGCCUUCCCGCCCGCCGGCCCGCGCGAUGGAGCUCUCGGCCGCCUGGCACGCCCUCAGCACCGGCCUGGUGCCGGCCGCCGCGCUGGGCCUGGGUGCGGAAGGCGCGGGGCCGGCGGCGGCGGGCGAGGACCUGCGGGCGGCGGCGGCGGUGCUGGCGCGGCACGGGCUGCUGGCGGCGCUGGAGGAGUGGCUGCUGGAGGUGCUGCAGCGGGACUUGCAGGCCCGGCUGGCGCCCGAGUUCUGGGGCCGGGCCGGCGGGGAGCCCCCGUGCUCGCGGCGCCUGCUGGAGGCUUUCGGGCUGCUGCGCCGCCGCCUGGAGCCCUACCUGCGCGGCCUGGGCUUGCUGGAGGAGUGGGCGCGGCCGGCGGGGCGCUGCUGCCCGGGCGGCCCGCGCGAGAGAGCCGGGGCCCUGCUGCGCGCCGUCCUCUUCUUCGCGCCCCCCGCAGACUUCCGCGAGGCCGUCCGCCGCUUCUACGGCCGCAGCUUCCGCAUCUACAUGCGGCAGCGCGGCGGCGGCGGCGGGGCCGAGGAGGAGGCGGGCGGCGGGGGCUGCGGCUGCGGGGAGGAGCGCUGCUGGUGCCCGCUGGCCAUGGAGCAGUUCCAGCAGCUCAACGCCAUCCUCCACGAGCUGAACCUGCUGGAGCGGGUGAGCGCCGACGCCGUGACCCACGUGCUGCACGGGAUGAUCGAGGAGCGCGUGGAGUGGCGCUGCCGGGGCGAGUACGAGCGCUCCUUCCUGGGCGAGUUCCAAGAGUGGAUCGAGAAGGUCAUCGGCUGGCUCAGCAGGGUCUUCCUGCAAGACAGCACCGGGGCAUCCCUGCCCAGCAGCCCCCUGAAGCGCUGGCGGUGCCACGUCCAGAGGUUCUUCUACCGCCUGUAUGCCAGCAUGCGCAUCGAGGAGCUCUUCAGCAUCAUCCGCGAUUUCCCAGAGUCGAAGCCUGCAGUGGAAGACCUGAAGUAUUGCCUGGAAAGGACCAAUCAGCGGCAGCAGCUCCUGACCUCCCUGAAAAGCGCCUUGGAACUACGGCUCCUCCAUCCUGGGGUGAACACUUCGGACAUCAUCACCCUCUACAUCUCAGCUAUCAAAGCCCUGCGGGAGCUGGACUCCUCCAUGGUCAUCCUGGAAGUGGCCUGUGAGCCCAUCCGGAAAUACCUGAGGACCAGGGAGGAUACUGUGCGGCAGAUUGUGGCAGGCCUGACGGGGGAUGCUGAAGGAUCGGCUGACCUGGCCAAUGAGCUCUCCAAAGCUGACCCGGUGACACUGGAGAAUGGCCAAGAGAGCGAGGACGAGGGCUCCGAACCCGAGGACUGGGUGCCCGAUCCGGUCGAUGCCGAUCCAGGGAAGUCCAGUUCCAAGCGCCGCUCCUCGGACAUCAUCAGCCUGCUGGUGAGCAUCUACGGCAGCAAGGAGAUCUUCAUCAAUGAGUACCGCACUCUGCUGGCUGAACGCUUGCUGCAUCAGUUCAACUACAGUGCCGAGAGGGAGAUCCGAAAUGUGGAACUGCUGAAGCUGCGCUUUGGAGAGGCCCACAUGCACUACUGCGAGGUCAUGCUAAAAGACAUGGGGGACUCCAGGCGCAUCAAUGCCAACAUUCGUGACGAGGAGCAGAAGCUGCCUGAGCAGGAAAGGCCCCCCUUCAGCCUCGUGGCCAUCAUCCUCUCCAGUGAGUUCUGGCCCGCGUUGAAGGAGGAGAAGCUGGAGCUCCCAGGGCAGAUCAAGGAGGCCAUGGAGGCCUACGCUAAGAAGUACGAGAAGCUGAAGGCCAUGAGGACCUUGAACUGGAAGCAUCACCUGGGCUUGGUGAACCUGGAGGUGGAGUUGGCAGACCGCACGCUCUCCCUGUCUGUGUCGCCAGUGCACGCAGCCGUCAUCCUGCACUUCCAGGGCAAAAGCACCUGGACCUUGGAGGAGCUGAGUGAGGCUCUGAAGGUGCCUGCGGCCUCCCUGCGGCGCAAGAUGACCCUCUGGCUGCAGCAAGGGGUGCUGCGGGAGGAGCCCCCAGGGACCUUCACAGUGAUCGAGGAGGAGCUGAAGGACCAGGGCGAGAAGGUGGUGCUGAUCGAUAGCGACGAGGAGGGGGAUUCAGCCAUGGCCUCCCAGGCGGACCAGAAGGAGGAGGAGCUGCAGCUCUUCUGGACCUACAUCCAGGCCAUGCUGACCAACCUGGAGAGCCUCCCCCUGGAGCGCAUCCACAGCAUGCUGAAGAUCUUCGUGAUGACGAGCCCCAUGGUGGCCGAGAUCGACAUCCAGGAGCUGCAGGCCUUCCUCCAGAGGAAGGUCCAGGACCAGCAGCUCGGCUUCUCGGGGGGCGUCUAUCGCUUGCACAAAAGCUGCAACUGAUCUGUCCGUUCCGGGGGGCUUGACAGGUGUGGGCCACCCUCAGACUCUGGUCCGUGGUGCUACCUUGCUUCGCCUUGGUGCAUGUGGCCAUAGUGCGUGUGUGUGCGUGUGCGUGUGUGUGUCUGUGCAGCCCAAGGGGCUGCUAGCAAAACAUUUAUUUUGGUGGAUUUCCUGGUUCAUAAUAAAGUGGCUUCUGUGA